AGGUUUUGAAUAUUUAGAGCAUUAUGAGAAGAAGCAACCGAAGUUUAAUUAUUGAUCUAUACCUAACACCAAACCAAUAUAUAUAUAUAUAUAUAUGUAAAUGAUAGAAGCAUGCACUGCAAGGUAGUGAAUAUCUACAAUUGGCUAAAAUGCCGCUACCCACAAUAUUUUCUUUUGCGAUCCUCUUAUUCCUCUCUAUUGUCAUUUUGCGUCCCAUUUUUUCGAAAUUACUAUCAAAAAGUACCCAUAACCAUGGCCAUUGUCCCCCGUCCCCGCUGGCUUUGCCCGUAAUAGGCCAUCUCCAUCUCCUAAGUCCGAAUAUUCAUCGUAGUUUUCACAAAUUAUAUUGCCGUUAUGGUCCUCUAUAUCAACUUUAUAUCGGACGUCAAUUAUGUUUUGUAGCUUCCACACCUCAACUAGCAAAAGAAUUCCUCAAAAAUAACGAACUCGUCUUUUCAUCACGCGAAUGUUCACCCGCUGUGACACUACUAACGUACGAUGUUUCUUUGGCAUUUUCGCCCGUGGGGUCCUACUGGAAAUUCAUUAAGAAAUUAUGCACUAGUGAGCUCUUGAGCACGCAUAAUCUCAACAAUUUCAGGCCCCUUAGGGCUAUAGAAGUAAGGAGAUUUGUACAAACUUUGAUGAAUAAUGCGGAAAAUGGCGAUACGGUGAAUUUGACGAAGGAAUUGUUGAAAUUGACGAGCAAUAUUAUUUCAAGGAUGAUGAUGAGUUCUCGGUGUUCGGACAACGCUAAGGAAGCUGAGGAGGUAAUACAAGUUGUGACUGAAGUGACGGAGAUUUUUGGAACGUUUGAUGUUGCUGAUGUUAUAGGAUUUGGUGGGAGGUUUGAUUUUCAAGGGAUAAAGAAGAGGGCACGAAAUACUCAUAGAAAAUAUGAUGCUUUGCUUGAGAAGUUUAUAACCGGAAGGAAAAUGUUAAGAAAUAGCAGGAAAGUGGAAGAAUUAAAAGAUGAUGGUAAGGACUUGCUGGAUUUGUUGCUUGAUAUUAUGGAGAGUGAGACAUCUGACGUUAAAAUAACGGAAGAUCACAUAAAGGCAUUGAUCCUGGAUUUCCUCACUGCUGCAACAGAUACAACCGCAAUUACUGUAGAAUGGGCUAUAGCAGAGCUGACCAACAAUCCAAGAGUCCUCAAAAAAGCCCAACAAGAGAUUGAUAAAGUCGUGGGAAAGCAACGAAUAGUAGGAGAACUAGACGGCCCAAAUCUUCCAUACAUUCAAGCAAUUAUUAAUGAAACAUUUCGUCUUCAUCCACCCAUUCCUUUACUAAUAAGAAAAUCAGUUGAAGAUUGCAAUGUGGAAGGAUACCAAAUUCCUAAUGGAUCUCUAUUGUUUGUGAACAUUUGGUCCAUUGGGAGAAACCCAAAGUAUUGGGAGAACCCAAUGGAGUUUAGGCCCGAAAGAUUUAUGGAGCCUAUAAAGGGAGGCGCAAUAGAUGCAAAAGGCCAUUGCUUUGAGUUAUUGCCCUUUGGGACUGAAAGAAGGGGUUGUCCUGGGUCGCCUCUAGCCCUGAGAGAGUUACAUGUUGUGCUUUCAACUAUGAUUCAGUGUUUCGAGUGGAAAGCAUUGGAUUCGAGUGGAGAGGUAAUAGUUAAUGGAGUUGACGUGACUGAACGACCUGGACUAACAGCUCCAAGAAUCAACAAUAUGACGUGCCUUUUGCAACCACGAGUUGAUCUGUCUCAUAUGAUUCAUGAAUCGUCAUCUCUGAAUUAAUGCAUGGUAUCACGCCAUGCAUAGUUCGUGAGUUUAACUCUCAAAAAGAUAACAUCAUCAAGACAAUUUUCAUGUACUUGGCACAUGAAAAGGAUUCGGAUCGGGCCAAAGAUAUUAAGUAUAAAUAAAAAAUGUAUCAUCUCUAGCAGGUUAAGAUUUUUCUUUAAAAAUCAAACUCCCCCCUCAACUAUGAAAAAUAGAUAUUCUCCCACCCUCCUCCCCCC